AUGGAUAAAAGAAUAGAAAAUACAAAAUCAAAGAUUAAUAGCCCAGAAUUUCAAAGCUUUAAUAAAGUAAAGAAGAAAAGAAUUAGGAGACAAUUAAAAAAAUUAGAGAUAACAAAGAAAAGAUUUGAAAAAAUUAAACAAAGAGCAAAUAAGAGUAGAGAAAAUAAUGAAAAUGAAAGUGAAAAUGAAAGUGAAAAUGAAAGUGAAAAUGAAAGUGAAAAUCUAGAUGAGGAAGAAGAAGAAAAUGAAAAUGAAAGUGAAAGUGAAACUAAGGAUGUUGAAAAUGUAAAUGGAAAACAAAAAGAAAAUGAAAAAGAAAAACAAAAAGAAAAUGAAAAUGAAAAUAAAUUUGAUACAUUAAUUAAAAAUAAUAAUAAUGACAUUAUGAGUAAAUAUUAUUCACAAAGAUAUAGAUUAUUUUCAAAAUUUGAUGAAGGUAUUGUAUUGGAUCAAGAAUCAUGGUUUUCAGUGACACCAGAAUUAAUAGCCCAACAUAUUGCGGAAAGAUGUAGUUGUAAUACAUUGGUUGAUUUAUUUUGUGGUGCUGGUGGUAAUACAAUACAAUUUAGUUUCACAUGUAAUGUUGUGGUAUCGGUGGAUUUGGAUCCAAUGAAAUUAUUAAUGGCAAAACAUAAUAGUUGGGUGUAUGGACAUAGUAGUGAAAAUACCAAUAUAGAAUUUGUAAAUUCUGAUGCAAUGAAUUUAUCAAACCUUAAAGCUGAUGUUAUCUUUUUAUCACCACCUUGGGGUGGUCCAAAUUAUACAGACUCUUCAAUUUUUCAUUUAGAUUCAAUGACUCCAAAUGGUUUUGAAAUAUUUAAAAAUGCAAUUAAGGUUACACCGAAUGUUGUUUAUUUUUUACCAAAGAAUACAAGUAAAGUUGAUAUCGCAAAACUUGCAUUAAUUUCCAAAGAAAAUGGGGGUAGUGAAUUAUGUGAAAUUGAAGAGAAUUACAUUAACGAAAAAUUAAAAACAAUUACCUUAUACUUUGGUUCAUUAGUUAAUAAUAAUAAUAAAAACUAUGAAUCAUAUCAAUAA